UGAGAUCAUCUGUUCGCUCGGCGGCCCCCGUUUUGCCUUCGCCAUAGAAAGCAGAGGUGCUCGGACGAACCCAAAAUGGUAAUUUUUUGGAGCUCUAGCUGAUAGACAGACACAGCCUGCAAUGUAACGCCAUCGAAUGCAGCAGAGGAAGCAGCGCCGAAGGGCGUGGAUAUAGUCAGAGAGAGGUGUUCUCAUUGGUAAGCGCUCCUCUGCACCAAGCUGUUUCCUAGGCUGCUGCUGCUACCAGCGACUAUCCCCCACUGCUCUCUGUGUUUCUGCUCACUGCACACUCCUCCAUUGCAUUGUACGUACGUGCCUGCCGCGGCUCAGAUAAUGGCCUCUCACUAAGCACACUGACGAGAGAGAGGAGAGGAGAUGGAGGGGGAGGCUGCACAAGAGGGAGGGAGUUACGAAGGGAGGGAAGCAAAAAGAGGGGAAGGUGGGGGCUGCGAAGAGAAGCCGACUGCAUGUGUAGUCAAGUGAGAGAAAGAGGAUAUUGAAAAAGGGAAGGGAGGAGCAGACAUAGAUAAUGAGAAAGGAAAAAGCAUAGAACAGAAAGGUUUGGCUUUAAGACGAGCCAAGAGAAUGAGUAACGUGCGUGCCGUGCCGGGGGGAGGUGUGGGUUGCGUGCGUUAUUGGCUACGUGCGUGCGCGUGACUGCGUGUAUGCGUGUUUUGGUGCUCGCCGUGUCUGUGUGCCGCACAGACGACAAGGAAUAAAACAACAACAACAAAAAAAGGGAAUACAACCCUGCAAGGACAGAUUGCUUGUGGAUCACCGUACCGGCAAGCAAGUCUCAUGCCCCUCUCCGUCUCCUCCUCUGGUCUCUUCUUUUUUCCCAGCAGCCCCGUCUGGACACCUCGGACGGCACUGUUCACAAAGUCACUACAGUGGAUGGCCUCACAAACAGAGGCCAGAUGGAAAUUGGUUCACAUGACCGCCUUCAGGAAGGCGCGUUGAGCCUGGAUUUGACCAAUGGGGUGAAGCCCUACCAUAACAAUGAUGAGGCAUCUAUGGAAACAGAUGAGCAGAGGGCAGGAGGUGUACCUGAAAGGCAAUGCUGGGUGCCAGGACAUAGCAAGGUCAAUGAGACCCAACAGCAGCAAUCAUGCUGGAGCAGCAGUAGUGGCACAACCCCUGCUGAGGGAGUCCACUAUGCAGAUAUAGAAGAUGCCCAGAAUCUGGUAGCUUUUUCUGCUACGGCUAGCUCUUUGCCUCCUUCUUCCUCUUCAUCUUGCCUUGUCCUGCAGCCUAAUACAGCCAAGUUAUAUGAGAGGUUCACCCAAGAGACACGUGCUGAUGGUGCUCAUUCCAGAGUCUCUGCAGGUGCUCCUGAAACAAGCUGCGAACCUUUGGAAGACCUUGACAUCUUACAGACAGCACUGAGCCAAGCUAAACAUGGGCACAAGCCCCCUAAUUGCAACUGUGAUGGGCAUGGUUGUCCAGACUACCUGGAGUGGUUGGAAAAGAAAAUUAAAUUAGCAUCUAGAAGGGAACAAGGAUCUCACAAAAUGGGUGAUGAGGCCCCACAUUUGGAGCAAUCCCAUUUGACACAUCAACAUCAGACGUACCAACAAGUGAAUGGUACUCGCCAUAUGCCCACUUCAUGUUUGCAACAGCAACAGGAAGUUAAUCAGUACUCUCACCAAGACCAAGUGCCCUCCUCCAAAUCCCCUAUUCCUUGCUCUCCCCAGGUGCUCUCCAUAGCCAAGGAGAAAAACAUCAGUCUUCAGACUGCCCUUGCGAUAGAUGCACUCACACAGUUAUCCAGCCCUCAAAUAGUCAGUGCUCCAGGUCAGGUUUUCCGAAACAACUUUCAUAACCACCAAAAUGCACCUAGUUUGAUCCCUUCCUCUCUUAUCGACAACUCAUCAUCACGAUCCCAGUCUGUCCCUCCAGGGCUGCAUACCAACCAGCAGGGUGCAGCGUCUUACGAACACCACAGACCCCAGUCCCAGGGCCAGCCAGCCCAUGCUUCUCCUCUUCCAUCCUCUACCUCUCCAUUUCCAGGUCAGGGAAAAGCUCCAGGUUUCAGUCCUAAUCCACAGCAGUGGAGACAGGGCUCUGACAGAGAUCCUGAACAGAGGAAUCCAUGGAUGAUCAGAAAGCCUGAGCCCCAUGCUCACUUUGCAACUGCGCCUCUAAAUAGCUCAGACCCCAUGUCAGAGCUUAAACAGCUGCUCGGUGACACCAAGUUGAAAAAUGCUUCUUUUAAGCCUCCACUCACACAACAGCUUAGCUUGAAUCAGAAUGGUGGCAUUCAGGUCCAGGGCAGAAUAAAACAAGAGCCAGAUUCCGGUGAGCAUUAUCAUCACACUUCCUCAACUGGACGUUAUGAAAUGUCUAAUGGUCAACAGCAGGGUCAGCAUUACCCUGGAAAUCCUUUGUCCCCUGGCCAAGCAGCCAUACGUCACUCCACUCAGGCAGCUCUACAACAUCACCUCCAUCACAGGAGGAACCUGUUCUCUACUCACCCACCUGGCUUUGGAGUGCCAAGCCCCCGUGCACCUAUGGCUUGUCAAGACUUGAAAAAAUGGUGGCCCCAGAUGGAUGCUGAAGGUUUGUCAAUUCUACCAAUCAAACAGGAACCCAAGAGGAGGAAAAACACCCAAGGGUCUCCUGUUAUGAAAUCAAUGGGUGGAAUGGCUAUUGGUCCUGUUCUUCCCAAGCCCAAACAGAUAAUCAUCAAGAAAAACAAGCAGAAAGCCUCCAUGCCAACUUUCCUUCCUCAGGCUCAAAUCGCUAUACAAAAACCACCAGUUCACAUGAUGGACACAUCCCCAUCCCUGACCAAUUCCCAAAUAUGCUCUCUCAACCCUUUGGCCCUCCUCCGUAACUCCGCUCAGGCUUCUGCAGCAGGUCUCCCUGCCCCAGAACAAUCUCAGGUAUGCAUUUCCAACACCUCUCCAACUCCUUCUUCCAAUGUUACAACGGGAAACGCUCCAGCUGUCACGGACACCUUGUCUACAUCUGUGAUUCUUUCGGCAAUCCCAAAAUCAGAAGAUGCAGGCAUCAGUUUAACCUCCACCAGCACCAGCAAUGCCACACCUGUGACCUCCACAACUCCAUCCAACACCUCGCCAUUGCAGAAACUCCUUAACAUAGAUCCAAAGUACGAAGAGCUGAUCCGCCAGUUCGAGGCUGAAUUUGGAAACUUAGACCCUGACACAUCCGCAAGUCCACGCAAGGAGGAGGCCACUCCGGCCCAUACACAAGCAAAUCAAUCCCUGAUCAGUCCUCAAGACCUCAGUCUUGCAUCAUCUAACACCACCCAGUCUGUCUCCUCAAUCCCUACUCCUCAAGCCAACACCACACCUCAAUCAGAUGAUCAGAAAAUGGAAGUUAACAAGAGUAAUUCAGAAACCCAAAGUGAAUUAAGAGUUACUCAGCCUUCCAAUGAGGGCCGUCAACAUACAAGGCCUGUCAAUGUUUCUCAGAACCAGGAGACUAUUUUGGACAAGCAGCAGCUGCAGCAAAGAAUGUUAGAGGAAGCCCUGGGCAUGCAAGACUCUCCACUGCCUAAGCGAAUUAAAAUUGAAGCUUCAGGAGAAUUAGCGGUUCUAUCCACCACUUGCUACUCUGAGGAGAGCACGCCAGUAAAGGAUGGCCUAAAUUCCUCACCGUCUCUAAAAGGCUUUCUUGACUCCCCCUUGCGCUACCUAGACACCCCUACCAAGAACCUGCUGGAUACUCCGAUCAAGGAUCCGGGGUCAGAGUUCCCAACCUGUACCUGUGUGGAACAUAUCCUGGAGAAAGAUGAAGGGCCGUACUACAAUCACCUGGGAUCGGGACCUACAGUAGCCUCCAUACGAUGUUUGAUGGAGAUGAGAUACGGAGAGAAGGGAGAAGCGGUUCGAAUUGAGAAGGUGGUGUACACAGGCAAAGAGGGGAAGAGCUCACAUGGUUGCCCCAUUGCCAAGUGGGUGAUUCGUCGAGGCAGCGAGAAAGAGAAACUGCUGUGCCUGGUGCGUCAGCGUGCCGGCCACCACUGUGCCAACGCAGUCAUCAUCGUUGUUAUUUUAGCCUGGGAAGGCAUCCCAAGAGCCCUGGCCGACAAGCUUUACCACGAGGUGACAGACACCCUCACUAAGUAUGGCAACCCCACCAGCCGGCGCUGUGGGCUCAAUGACGACCGUACCUGUGCCUGUCAGGGAAAAGACUCUGAAAAGUGUGGAGCUUCCUUCUCAUUUGGCUGCUCCUGGAGCAUGUACUUUAAUGGCUGCAAAUACGCCCGAAGCAAGACGCCACGCAAGUUCAGGCUACAAGGAGAUCAUCCCGAAGAGGUGCACAUCGAAUCAAAACCACUGAUUUUGAAGACAAUGCAAUUCCAAACCUGGAAAUCUGUGGAGUGUCUGAUGUCUUUAAUGCGUUUUUCUUGUCAGGAGGAAAAACUCAGGGACAACUUCCAAAAUCUGGCAACUGAGGUGGCUCCUUUGUACAAGCGACUGGCUCCACAGGCCUACAGCAACCAGUGUGCAGCAGAGCAGCGAGCUCCGGAGUGCAGGCUGGGUUUGAAGGAAGGCCGUCCCUUCUCUGGAAUUACAGCUUGCAUGGACUUCUGUGCCCACGCUCAUAAAGACCAGCACAACCUGCACAAUGGCUGCACAGUGGUGUGUACCUUGACAAAAGAGGACAACCGAAAAGUGGGGGAAAUCCCUGAAGACGAGCAGCUUCAUGUGCUGCCACUGUACACUGUCUCACUGACAGACGAGUUUGGCAGUGCAGAGGCCCAGCGCCGCAAGAUGCAAAACGGAGCCAUCCAGGUACUUGAAGCUUUCCGUCGCGAGGUACGCAAGUUGCCCGAGCCUGCUAAAUCUUGCCGGCAACGCCGACUGGAGGCCAAGAAGGCCGCCUCAGAGAAGAAGAAAAGUAAACUCACACAGCAGACACCAGAGAAAACAGUGGUCAAGACUGAACUUUGCAUCAGCAGCUCUCCCCAAACCCCAGGCAUUAAAGAAAUCAUAAAGCAAGAGAUGAAGCCGGAUAUCAAGCGGGAGCCCAUUAAUGGAUCAAUAGAUGGAUACCCUGUGCAGGCAACAGACUCAUUCAAUAACAUCUAUCAAAAUCCUGCCUACUAUGCAAGGGGGGGCCAUUCCCCAGCCGGCCAGCACUCUGCCGCAGACACAGUAAAUGGCUACCAUCCCAGUCUGCCUGCAAUGCCCUACGGCUUCUUCAACUACCCUCCCAACGCUCUUUUCCGUCCUAAGUUGAAGACCUAUGAAGGUCGAAAUAAGCUUGUCCAGGCAGAAAGAACGUCUGAUGCUCAGAGCCCUCAAGGCCAUUUGCCUUCCAACAGCCACCCAGAGCAAAACAACCAACCCAACAACAGCGCUUAUGCCCAGCCUGCCAACUAUAGCCUGUCCCGUCCUUCUUCGGUCUCCUCUGAGCCAUCCAACAGAGGCACUCCGCUCAUCAAACAAGAGCCUAUGGAUGUACCAGUCUAUGAAGGGGCACUGCCAAGCCAGGGUUGUGCCAACACAUCAAGAAGCACCCCGCAGCCUGCGCAGUGGCCUGGGUAUAAGAUUAAUGGAAGCAUUAUUUCAAAUAAUUGGAAUGGCCAAUUAAACCGUAGACAAAGUCCUGAUGUCUCUUCUUUAAACUCUGACAAACUGCAGCUUCACCAGCAUGCCCAGCAGCGCCAGUCCUCUCCAUACCCUCAGCAGUGGACUUCAAACCCCCAAAUUGCUUCCAUCAAUCCAUCACUCCAGGUACCUGCAUCUCCACCUCCAUCCCCUCACCUUGGCACGGGGCACCAGGGCAACCUAUACCGAGGCGCCAUACGUCACAGUGCUUCUUACCCGGGUACACCACAACCUGUUACCUCUCACUCAGGCUCAGUAACUCCAAGACCUGGGACCCCACGUCCAGGCACCCCAGUCACUGGCAUUCCAGGUCCACCCACCCCUGGUCCUGGAACCCCAGGUCCAAGUACCCCAGGUUUAGGUACUCUACGACCUGGCACCCCAGGUCUUGCCACUCCAGGCCGAGCCACCCCAGGCCCAGCCACUCCAGGCCCAGCCACCCCAGGCCCAGCCACCCCAGGCCCAGCCACCCCAGGCCCACUAACUCCAGGGCAACUUACCCCCAGGCAUUGGGCGAGUCCUGCUCCAAGCCCACAACCAAAUCCUUGGGGCAUCGGACCUGUUGCAUAUAGCCCUGGUUUGAAGCACAGCAAUCCUGCAGGAGCCUACCCUGACAAGAUCUGGUCCAAGACCGGGGAGAACCGGUGUUCCACUCCCCUGGGGAUCCAAGAAAAGGCCUGGAAGUCUUGUGGAGGUUCACUGGCAGGCAGCACCCCUUCCCCCACUCCCGAGGGUCGCCUGUUCCCUGAUGCGCUGCAACAGUCCGAUCAGGCCUUUUGCGAUCCCUGCCGAGCUGAAAGUGAUGUUGAAAGUUUCAAGCAUCGUGAAGAAGAGGACGAGGUGUGGUCUGACAGCGAACACAACUUCUUGGAUCCCACAAUCGGUGGCGUAGCAGUCGCACCAGCUCACGGCUCAGUCCUGAUCGAAUGCGCCCGGCGGGAACUACACGCCACCACUCCACUUAAGAAGCCCGAUCGUUCUCAUCCCACCCGCAUCUCCCUCGUCUUCUACCAGCACAAGAACCUCAAUCAGCCAAUGCACGGCCUGGCUCUGUGGGAGGCCAAAAUGAAGCUCCUGGCAGAGCGAGCACUGCAGAGGCAGCAGGAAGCAGCUCUCCUGGGCCUUUCCCAGGAAGACAUCAAGACUCUCGGCAAGAAACGCAAAUGGGGGUCUUUGAUAACAGGCGCCAGCCCAGGAUCUGGACAGUCGAAAGACAAGAAAGACGCGCCAGUGACACGGUUAUCUCAUACAUUCUACACCACCUCUAUGGUUACUGUGUCUCCCUAUGCCUUCACUCGCGUCACUGGGCCCUACAGCCACUUUGUCUGAGGCCAGACAGACACAAAAAGACUGAAAGCACCAAAGUGGUGCAGUGGACAGGUUUGGAAGGCAGUGAGCAGGAGAAAUGUCUCUUUGCUGUUUCACAGUCUAGCAUCUCUCCAUCCGGCCUCCUCCAUAGUCUGUAGGGAGGAAGGGGAGUGGGGGACGUUUUUAUUGGUUUUUUUUUUUACCUCAUGUCAGGCAGUGGUUUGGGCUGCAGACACACUGCCUGUGGUGCUCUUCCUCUCUUGUUUCUGGAGAGGAACUCCAUUGCUUUUUCUUGUUUAUAAAAUUUUAAUGAUUCUAAUUAUUGCUAUUAUUAUGAUUGCUAUUGUUACUGUCAAUGAUGUUAUUACAGGUAUUAUUAUAAUGAACACUUGUUUUUUUUAUUAUUAUUGCUGUUUUCAUUAAUGUUAUUAUUAAUGGGAUAAUUGUUUUGUUUUGUUGCUGUUUUUACAUUUUAUUUUUUAAUCAAUCAGUCUGAGUCACUCAGACCGUUGGUUUUUCCAAGUUUGGAAAAACUGCAUCCCCUUUUUCUGUUUGAUUUCCUUUCUCCGUGUCAACUCUAGUUGCAGGAAGAGCAGUAAUCUGCCCAAUCAGACAGAAAAGUAACAGAAAUUUUAAUCAUGGUUCCAUGCCAAAAAAGAAAAGAAAGAAGAAAAAGUAGAUUUGAUCCAAGAUUUUUAUCAGAAAAUUAUACCUCAAUGAGAAUUCCAAGAAUACUCUUUGAAUCCUAAAAGUUUCAGGGAGAGAGUUUGCUUAAUCUCUUCUUCUGAUGGUUGAUGAAACAUUUCAGAAAUAAGACAAACAUGAGCAGUGAAACCAAUCAUAAAAAUAAUCCAUUAGAAAUGAGAACAUGGUGAAAAGCUCUGUGGCUGUCUGUCUGCGGCUAGGUGAUGCGCUCCUCCUGUUUAUCUGCACUGCUCCAACUUUUUCAACUGGUGCUCAGCUUCUCUUUCCGAUCGGUUUUCCAUCAGCUUCUUUUCGUGGCACUUGAUGCUGUAUUUUGGUGCUCAAAUGUGGCUCGAGCAGUGUUUGCAGGGGGGAGGGGGUGACAACUAUUGUAAUUUGGACACAGGUGGGGAACCAAAAUAGAGGCUUUGAUUGUCUUAAAAGACCCUCGGGCGAUAAUUAUGUCGCGCAGAAGGCAAGUUUAAUGACAACGCUUCUUGCUUGACAUAAUUUCCCACUCUUAAAACUGAGAUAACACUUUAUUUCUUCACAGAAGUAAAAAAAGAAAACAACUUGCAAAUGCUCUUCGAGUCAGAUCUGCAAUUUCCACAUGGGUUUGAAGCAGGCGACGCUCUUUAUCUUCCUACAUCUGUUUAUUAAGGAUGAAAACUUUCCAGAAUGAACUCUAGAGGGCAGCAGUGGCUGCCUAUUCAAACAAGCACUUGAGAGCCAUUCAGAAACCAGGCUCUAACCACCAAGGCCAGCAGAGGGAGCCCUCACUCCCUGUUUGGUGGCUAAUGGUAAGACUCAAUAAAGCAACGCAUCAGGCUGAAGUCUGGAGAUGCAUCUGGAAAGUUCAUCCUGUGCUCUAGCAGAAGGAGACGGUGUUGGGACUGCAGUCCUCUUGGUGCUCCUACACACACAUUGGUGCUGUCCUUUUACACUUGAUUUAUUACAGAGGCCCCGGUCCUUUCCUCUGUAUGGUGCUGUUAUCUUUCGGGCAGAGCAAGGUAUGUGCUACUGCAGGCACCUUCCUACCACAGAGCCAGCCAAUCAAAUUGGUUGUGUUUUUGGGGGUUGCAGCUUUGCCACUGGGCUCAAGAACAAGUUCCCGUUGAGGAGUUUUUAGUGUUUGUGCCGGCAGACGGUAACACGGUCCACUGUCCAGGGCAGAGAAAGCACAGCCAGUCAUGACAUCUCUUAGUAAACCCAUCAGCAGCGCUUUCCACCGAGGACAAAAAGUACUGAGAGGUGAAAGGCAAACCAUCGGACGUCAGCAUAGCUUCAGGGAGAAGGCGCCCAAAUGCAAAACAUCAAAUACUCUCUCGCUUUGUGUACUAUGAGUGUAUGAGGAGGUGUGUUUGAAAGAACGCCAAAGAGAGAGACUACUUGAUUGAUGAGCAUUUUCAGUACUUUGAAUCACUUAUUAUUAUUAUUAUUUUUUUUUUUUACUUCUUCACAAUCCUGUAGUUUGCUUGUUGAAAAAGAGAAAAACGAGCGACUGACAACUCUAUAGAAGUGGUUGUUUGGGUCAAGGCCCGGGACGAAGGACCGCGAUCCGGGCCCCGCGAGGCCUCCAGCUCUCUACCUCACGCCGUAGAGACACUGGUAACCAUCCCAACUUGCUACUGAGGGCAGAAAAUCCCGCAUGUCCCCUUUGUGUGCUCUAGAUUUCUACACUCAUUUUAGCUUUUUUUUUUUUUUUUUUUUUUUUACUCUUUAUUUAUUACUACAUUGUGAUGAUGAUGAUUGUCUUUGAUGUUAUUUUCUUUUUCAUCUUUUUUAUAUAGCUAAUACAAAUUGUAAAUAGAGAAGAAAAGAUUUAUAAAAGCACUUUUAAUCUUGAUUUUAACGACAAAAGAAAGAGCCGAUUAUUGACAACUUGAAGCUUAGUUUGUUUUCUUUUUGUUUUUUUUGUUUUCAUUUUCUCAAGAGAGAGGUAAAAAAAUAAUGUAAAUAUUAAACUAUUUAGGUAAGAUUAUUUAACUGGUGAGGAUAGUAAACUAAAACCAUGGACAACAUGGGACGGGGCGGGGUUGGGGCGGGGGGUGUUGAAGUCUCAGAAAGCUCUUUGCAACACUUGGUCUCAGUGUGUUGUAUGUAAUCGUUUUUUGCUCAGUUACACUGCUGUUUUUCGCUUUCAGAAGUACUGUACCCCGUGUCAGCCUGUAGACGACAAAAGCGCGGUCGCUUUUAGAGAAUUCAUUCAUGAGCCCAGGUAUCCGAUGUGUGGCAUGUGGCGGCCGGCUUACUCACCGUGGAGCCACCCCGUCAUCCCCUCCUCCCCCACGACUCUGCUCACUCACUUCACUAAGAGGAUACACAACAAACUGGAACCCCCAGGUUGCAGUUCUGUGCCCACAUUUUCACAUGAAAAUUAGCGACAUUGACGAGUGGAAGCCUUACUUUAGCUUCUCGAGUCUACCUAGGCUAAAUCGGAAGACGGUGAGAUAAGCUAAAGCCUGUUUAUUGUUCCCACUUGAGUUGCAGACCAUCUUAUUCCCUGCUUGUGUCGCUAAUUAAAUCCUUUUUUUAUCGUUUACUGUCGAAGGAUCCACACGGCAGAGUUAGCAUGAUGCUAGCAGGAGUUCUACUGGUGCAGCUUGUUUUACCUUUUGAUAUUCAUAUUACGUAACCCACAUUUAUACAUUCUUAAUGGUGCUGAGGAUGUUGUAUCCAACAUUUCUCAUCUAACUUUGUAAAUCUCUAAAUGUUCUGUUUGGGGGGUUCUCUGAGAUGUUGUGAGGGUGGGGAUAAAAAGCAGGGGUGAGUGUAGGGGCAGGUCAGACAGGCGGUGCUAUGAUGUUAACGCAUUAAAAAUUCACUGUGUAAAAAAAAACAAAAAAAUCAGGAAAAAAAAAACAAUAUUUGUUUUCUGAGCUCCUCGAAUGUCAAUAAAACUGUAAUUUUAAUCGAAGCAGUUUCUAAGUGCGCGAAGCUGCCCCCUGGUGCUGACUUUAUGAAUAAGUCUUGUUACAACGCUACACGUUUUUUACAUCUCUCUCUGCCGGGCUCGAGGGCUCUCCGACAGCAGAUCACUUCCUUUAUUAAUACUCAUUCCAUAAAUAUACUUUAAGCUGGUAAAACUAGGAUGAGAAGUAGAAUCAGAAUAUAUAAGGACUGUUAUCUGGGGAUUUAUAUUUGGUACAGCGAGUACCAAAGGCUUUUAGAAUAAUCUUUUUUGAGGAUGUUGUAAAUGUACAUGUUAGAUGAAUGCAAAGGUAUUUGAACAAUCCCAGAAUUGUGUACUGCUUCCCUCUUUUACUCCCUAGUCAUGCACUUCCUUUUUACUCACGCCCAUCUUUUACUUCUAAACCUUGUAUAGUUUGAUGUUCUGAACCACGCAAAUAUAGAUGAAAAAAAAAAAAUGCAUCUCAUUAUCUGCGGCCCGACGUUGAAAAAUUAUGAACACCUGACUUACUGAAGGCUCUCCAAAGUAGGAACAGAGACUUGAACCCUGGCCCAUAAGAAAAGAUGAAAAUGAACCUACACAAGUGGCAGCUACAUUCCUUUUUUGAUUUGUAGGAUUGUUCUUGGUUCUUUAUCUUUAUGUCAAUGAUGCAGUAUGUAAAAAAAAAAAAGAAGUGUUUUUGUUCAGUCUCUCUCUCUCUCUCCCUCUCUUUGUAGCUGUAUGGUGUAUCAUGUGAAUACAUAGUGUAUGUGGUUAAAAACCCCACAAUAUUGUUUUAUGUUGCGCGAUAAAUAAAAAAUAUUAAAGUGAA